AUGGAAAUGGGUCUUCAGUUGGAAGAGUUGGAAGAUUUGCCUCUACCUGACCAUUUGUUGAUUAAAAUUUAUUCAUUUUUGCCGCGAAUGAGAGAUAAAUUUCGUUUGUCACUAACGAACAGGCGACUUCGCGAUUUGUUUUUGAGCCCCCAGCUCUGGGAAAGUUUUUAUGUUGAGUUCUCAUCAUGUCACCAAGACUCUCUUUAUAGGUGUAAGUCUUGUAAAGGUAAACUGAUACGAAUGUCAGAUUCGUCGCAAGAUGAUUUUUAUUUUUCCAUCUUUAAAGGCGCGACUCCGUCUCUUUCUUCUGAAUCAAAACCACAAAAGUUGUACAAGUCUCAUCUGUGCAGCCACUUCCAAAGAGUACUUACCAAGUACAACCGCCACGUAAAAAGUUGCUCAUUUUUGUUGGGUGGUUAUUUGGACUGUGGCCCUCUUUGGAAAAUUGGUGACUAUGAAAAAGAGCUUUUUCAAACUUUGCAGGUAGCCGUAAAACAUUGCUGCUCGUUAGAAAAUUUGGAGAUAGGGCUAGGAGAAUGGCUUUCAAUGCAUGACUCUUCAAUAAAUUUUUCAUCUGUUACAGAAAUGGAUUUAAUUUAUAAACUCAUCUCAAACAACAGCAAAACUCUUCGAUCGCUCAGUAUCAUUUCGUGGCCAGUCAGACAUGAAGAUGGGGCUCCGAGCAUUCUAAACAGCCUUCCAGAUUUACAGAAAUUGUCAAUCUUUCAUCCGAAAAUUGUUGACGACACAUGGAUAAGACUAAGUGCCUCCAUUCCUCAACCUGAAUAUGUUUUUCUCAGUGUGCAAAAGUUACGAAACUUAACUUCACUAUCUCUCCAUUGUUUCUGCAUAUCAGCAGAGCUUUUAAAUGAACUCUCACUCAUUAAGCCAAAAUUCAACACAAAAGUCUACCCACAUCUCACUAGGUUGAACAUUUUGCUGAUAUUUGAAUACCAAAAUAGAAAGUUCUUCGACAUACCUCAAGAGAAAUGGAGAACUCUACACAAAACCCACCAGAACCUUGCAAUGCGUCUCUCAAUUGGGAACAAAAUUCCUUAUCCUUCUCUAUUCAGGUUCUUGGAAGUGGUCAAAUGUUUCGACGUUGAAUCUGUAAUCAUCUCUCAGUACUGCGUUUAUGACGUCAGCCUCAUAAGCACGUUGGCAGCCGAUUUCAACAGGUUGAAGUCCUUCGUCGAUUACACGUGUGGUUCUGCAGAUUUGUGCAAUUUAUUGUCACUUGUGGAGAACUCUCCUCUCAUCGAUACUCUCGUCUACCAUGGUGAUAUUGAAGAUCAGUGCGUCCUAAAACUCAUUGCUAUGAGGCACUGGAGAAAAUUUGAAAUCAAUAUGAGCAACGUCAUAAUCAAAUUCCCUGGUCAACCAUUUGACCCUGACAGUGUACUAACAAAAGACGAGACGACAGGUCAGUACAUUCAGACCGCAAUGUACCUAGAGCCCGGAAAAGGUUUCAACCUCACUGAAGAUCACCAAACAUACAAAAAAACUGUCUUGAAUAACAUAGAGAAAUUUGCCAAAAGUCAUCUGAGGCAAUGUGUGUUGGGCGGAGAUCCUUGCAAUCGAAUCUGGUAA